AUGGCGUCAUCGUUGAAGAACAAGUUUGAGGACCUGGCCAAGCCCGAGGAGAAGCCCGUUAUCAAGGCCAAGAAGAUCCAAAAGGCGGCCACUUGGUCGGACAGGAACGUGACGAGCUCAGCCGGGGGCAAGCAGGUCAAGACGGCCGAGGGCAAGAAGGUCGCCAUCUGGCAAUCCCUCACCAACGCGCGCCACUCCAUCGUCACCUCCAAGAAGACUGAGGCCACCACCACGCCUGUUGAGGACCCGCACGUGCAUGAGCUCAGGGUGCUCACCAUCAACCCUGGCCACCUCAAAGAGUUCGUGCAGGUGUCCGAGAAGGCCCUGGCCCACAAGACCAAAGAAGGCGCCAAGCUGAUCGGCUACUUCAAUGUGACGCUGGGCGAGUGCACCAACGAGGUGAUGCAAAUCUGGCAGUGGGAGAGCUACAAGCACCGCGAGCAGGCCACCGAGAACCUCGCCAACAACCCCGCCUGGGAGGAGUACACCAAGACGGUGAAGCCCAUGCUGCAGCACCAGAAGUAUUCGAUCAUCCUCCAGUUCCCCUUCUGGCCCCUCAACUAUUCCCAGACCAAGGGCGGCAUCUAUGAGCUCAGGACGUACCGCCUGAUCCCCGGCGCCGUUUGGGUCUGGGGCGACUACUGGGAGCAGGGCCUCAAGCACCGAUCCAAGUACGUCCAGCCCGUCGCCGCCUGGUACACCGAGAUCGGCCACCUCAACACCGUCCACCACCUCUGGCGCUACGACGACAUGGACCAGAGGAGGCAGCUGCGUGAAGCUGUCUGGGACGAGCCCGGCUGGUCUGAGAUCGUGGAGCUGACGCACCCUCUGAUCCAAACCAUGGACUCGCGCAUCCUGACGCCCACCGACUUCUCUCCCCUCCAGUAA